AUCAUCACAAUAUGAUCACUUCUUCUCUAGCUCAUUGAUAUUCUAGCUAAAAGCCUAAAACACACAAAAACAAGAUAUACAUACAUAUGUAUAUAUGUGUGUAUAUAUAUAUAGAUAUAUUACGAAAUAGUGGGAAUUAAGCAAUAUUAUCAAGAUGGGAGUGAAUAUAACAUCAAUCAAAACUUCAUCAAAUGGGGCAUGGCAAGGUGACAACCCUCUAGAUUAUGCCUUCCCUCUCUUGAUUGUCCAAACCACUCUUAUUAUCAUCCUCAGCCGCUUCCUUGCCUUCCUUCUCAAGCCUCUCCGCCAACCCAAAGUCAUCGCCGAGAUUGUUGGUGGAAUUUUGCUGGGACCCUCGGCGUUAGGGAGGAACCACGAAUACUUGAACAGGAUAUUCCCAAGCUGGAGCACUCCCAUACUGGAGUCCGUAGCCAGCAUAGGACUCCUCUUCUUCCUCUUUCUUGUCGGGUUAGAGCUCGACGUUAGCUCCAUCCGCCGCAGCGGAAGGCGGGCCUUUUUCAUCGCCUUGGCGGGUAUUUCCCUCCCUUUUGUCUCCGGCAUCGGCGUCGCCUUUGUCCUCCGCAAGACCGUCGAUGGAGCCGACCAGGUUGGCUACGGCCAGUUCCUUGUCUUCAUGGGUUGCGCCCUCUCCAUCACAGCCUUCCCUGUCUUGGCCCGCAUUCUCGCCGAGCUCAAGCUCCUCACCACCCGUGUGGGCGAGAUCGCCAUGGCCGCCGCCGCCUUCAACGACGUCGCCGCGUGGAUACUCCUCGCCCUCGCCGUCGCCCUAGCUGGCAACGGCGACGGCACCGGAGAAAAAAGCCCCAUAAUAUGCAUCUGGGUGCUUCUCUCCGGAACCGCAUUUGUUGUGUUCAUGCUCAUGGUGAUAUCGCCGGCGAUGAAAUGCGUGGGACGUCGGUGCUCAUCGGAGAACGGCGUCGUGGACGAGGCGUAUAUCUGCCUAACCUUAGCCGGAACAUUGGUGUCGGGGUUCAUGACGGACCUUAUCGGAAUCCACUCGAUAUUCGGAGCGUUUGUUUUCGGGCUUACGAUCCCGAAAGGAGGGGAUUUUGCGGACAGGCUGACGGAGAGGAUUGAGGACUUUGUGUCGGGGCUGCUGCUGCCGCUCUACUUUGCGUCGAGUGGGCUGAAGACGGACGUGACGAAGAUAAAAGGAGGGAAGGCGUGGGGGCUGCUGGUGAUGGUGAUAUCGACGGCGUGUGCGGGGAAGAUCGUCGGAACAUUCGCGGUGGCGAUAAUGUUGAUGUUCCCGGCAAGGGAGUCGCUGACGCUAGGCGUGCUCAUGAACACCAAAGGACUUGUGGAGCUCAUUGUUCUCAACAUUGGCAAGGAGAAAAAGGUGCUAAACGAUGAGAUAUUUGCCAUAAUGGUGCUAAUGGCACUUUUCACCACCUUCAUCACCACCCCAACGGUGAUGGCCAUCUACAAGCCAGCCCGCCGCAUGUCCGCCCCCACACACCGCAAGCUCCGCGACCUCUCCGCCUCCGCUGGCUUCUCCGACGACUCCCGUGACGAGCUCCGAAUACUCGCAUGCGCCCACGGUCCAGGCAACGCUCCGGCAUUGAUCAGCCUGGUGGAGUCCAUUCGCAGCACUAAGAAAUCCUCAACCCUAAAAUUGUUCAUCAUGCACUUGGUGGAGCUCACCGAGAGAUCCUCCUCCAUCAUCAUGGUCCAGCGUGUCCGCAAGAAUGGCCUACCUUUCUUCAACCGCUUCCGCCGUGGUCAAUGGUACGACCGCGUCGCCGGGGCCUUCCAGGCUUAUCGACAAUUGGGUCGGGUCUCGGUGCGGCCCACCACCGCCAUCUCGCCGCUCUCCACCAUGCACGAUGACAUCUGCCAUGUGGCCGAGGAGAAGCGUGUUGCCAUGAUCAUCCUGCCCUUCCACAAACAAUGGACCGUCAGCGGUGUCGACGACGAGGAGGUGGUGGAUAAUGUUGGCCAUGGAUGGAGAGAGGUGAACCAAAGGGUGCUCAAGCACGGGCCAUGCUCGGUGGCGGUGCUCGUCGACCGAGGUUUCGGUAGUGGCGGGGCUUAUAAAACGCCGGAGCCAAAUACUAACCUCAUCACACAAAAGGUAUGUAUUGUAUUCUUUGGGGGGCCGGACGACCGAGAGGCGUUGGAGUUGGGUGGAAGGAUGGCGGAACACCCGGCGGUUAAGGUGACGGUUGUGAGGUUUGUUGAGAAUAAGGAAGGAGUGGAGAAGGCGGGGCUUAUGUUGCAACCAUCACCCACCAAGAGCAUAGAGGUUAGAUAUAGCUUCUCCACGGCCAAAAGGAACCCAGAGAAAGAAAAGGAACUAGAUGAGACAGCAGUGGCAGAAUUCAAAAGUAGAUGGGAUGGGAUGGCAGAGUACACAGAAAAAGUGGCCAACGACAUUGUAGAGGGAGUCUUGGCAAUAGGUUGCAGGGGGGAAUAUGACCUCAUAGUGGUAGGAAAGGGUCGGUUCCCGUCGAAAAUGGUGGCGGAAUUGGCUGAACGACAAGCAGAGCACCCUGAAUUGGGGCCAAUCGGAGACAUAUUGGCAUCGCCGGGACGCGGUGUGGUUUCAUCGGUGCUAGUGAUUCAACAACACGAUGUGGUGCAUGCCGAGGAGGUGCCGGUGUCAGAGGUGGUGCACAACCAGUAUGAGAAGUUCGCGGGACCAGGUGAUCUUGAAUCCAGUAGUACCAGUACUAGUACUGUCACAGAGAUUUCAAAACAUGUUGUGUAGAUCACCAACUUAUAAUUGGCUAAUUAAGCUCGUAGAUCAUAACUUCUGAUGCAUAAGAAACUGUACAUGUAGAUAUAUUUGGUGCCAGUUUUAAGAGAAUAUGGUCUAAAAUUCAAAAACCAAGGGAUAUUGGGUUUUUUUUUUCUUUUUUUUUAAUUUAAUAUCUCAUCAUUUGUGGUAGGUUGAUUAUUUUGGAAAAAUUGUGGAAGCAUUGU